AUGAGUUUGGAAAAAGAGAACCAGUCGAUUCCUCUAUCUAAACAUGACGUUCAGAAAACAUUGCGAACCUUCUGUACAACAGAGAACGAUGAGCUCAAUAUUCGAUUGGCGGUAUCAAAAGUUGUGACAAUCCAUGAUGGUGAAAAAGAGACUACCAUUGUUUUACCGAAAGAAAGCAUGACGACGCGUGAUCUGCUAAAGCUAAUUAACACAGACCGGUGUUUAGCUGCGAAAGAAACGAAAAGAAUUCGAAAGGAAAAUGAAGUUAUUUCUUUUAUACAGGAAGAUAAGUUUCUUCUCGUUGAUAGAAAAGAUGUCUGUCAUGUUGCAAUCACAUCAUCAGCAUUUGUCGUCGAGAACUGUUUUAGUUCCAAUGCUACCAUCGUCGAUAUUAUUGCUGCGAAAGAAACUCAAUUAAUUUAUUACAUGGCGGAGACACCGAUUCAUUUCACUACUACUGAAAAUAGUUUACCAGUGACCGUGAGAGUGAAUUUGGACGAGCAUGGCAAAACUAUUCAUGUGUCAGAAGACAACGCUCAGCUACGAUUAGCCGACGGAACGAAUCCUGAUGAAGGCUUAUCGUUGAAUGGCAUGGAUGCAAUAAGGACAAACUUCGAAUUUCUAUUGCAUUCGCCUCGACAUUUGCCGUGUUCUAUUACCUAUCUCGAUCGGACGAUUGUGCUGCCACGUCAUUCUGAGCAAUUGAUUUCGUCGCUUGCUAAGAAAUUGUUCGAACAAUUGUCGAUUGAUUUUGAUCGAAUAGAUCAAUUCGAACUUUUUGCUUUAGAUAAAGACAAGACUCUACUUCGCUUGGAUAUGUUCAUAGGUGAUAUUAAAAAUGUGUUUCCUCCUCCAUCGUCUUCGAAUGUGGCAGUUGAACAGAAAGAAAAAAACUUUCGCUAA